CCUUGAUAGCCUGCCCAGUCCAGGCUUGAAAAAUUCCUCUCCUGCUCUUCAAAGGGAUCUUGGCCCCCACCAGCCUCGGCACGGCCCCCGUUCAAUCGGCUUUCGUGUGGGCAUGGCUGGCGCGCUGCCCAGCGACGGUCAUUUCCCCAGAUGAAAACUCCCUGCGUCCCGCCCAUCUCCCUCUUAUUUCUGUCGCUGAAAUGUGAGAUGGCACAGCUGCUGCUGCUGCUGCUGCCGCCGCCGCCGACCUGAAUUCAGUUUCCACCUGGGUAAAGAGAGAAAAAGCUGGCGGUGUUCGUCAGCAUGUGGCUCUACCAUUUGCUGCUGAUCGUCCUUCUGGAACGACUGGUGUCCGGCACCACCUGCUACUUCCCUGAGGGAAACGUGGCCGAGGAUUACACGCCUUGCUCCGACAAUGGCGUCUCGUUCUGCUGCAACAAGAACUCGAUAUGCUUGAGCAAUGGCCUCUGCACCUCCAUGCAUCAACCGUAUGUUCUUGGCCGCGGCGCCUGUACCUCCCAAAGUUGGAACGAUACCUCGGUCUGCGACGAUGUCUGUCAUGGAAUCACCACCGCGUGGAGCAGCGCGUGCUCCCUCAUCCUCUACAGUGACGUGAACGGAGUCAAGCUCUACUGCCCCAACUCGAUUAUUUCCAACGGGACCAACUCCAUCGGAUGCGCCAAUGGUGUCUCGCCCGUUUCAGUGGGCACUGGCAAGCCCAUUGCUGGCAAGGCAUAUCUGGCCAGCUACUCCCUCCUCCCCACUGCUAGCACCGCCACCAGCACCGCGACCGCGACCUCUACCACCGAGCCCAAUACCUCGUCUUCCUCCACAGCCGAUGAAAGCUGCAGCAGCCCGACCGCGGCUAAUGGCAAUCAAGUCAGCCGCGCGACCGUGACCGCCGUUGGGGCCGGGGUCGGCGUCCCCCUUGGGCUGCUGGCGUUGGCAUCGCUGGGAUAUGGUUUGAACGAGAGGAGAAAGCGGCUUCAACUCCAGAAUACCCCGUCAAACGUAUACCAGAUGCCGGCGGCCUCAUCAACGUCCUACCGAACGAGGAAUAUGGGCGCGAAGGAGCUAUCUGGCCAUGUACCGCUUCAUGAGUUGGACACGUGAUUGUGCAUGGAGCGCGCAUACAAAUACUUGUUAGGGUUUGGUGGAAAGAGAAGACAGAAAGGGAGACUGGCAAACGGAAUGUGGGUGGUUGCAUGUAUUUCCGUUACUCCUAAGAGUUCGUGUCUGUCCCCGAGCUCACACCCGCUGAACCUGUACUUUUUUGGACCGGCCAAGAAAGAACCGUAAAGAUAAUACUAAUACACUGCUUCUGAGCAGCUCGUGUACAGUACAUAGAGUAAUGUUGGCUAGAUCUACCGAAACUUCAAACCAUAAAGGGUGCAACUCGGAG